AUUUGUGUAUGUGCCUUUUGGAGAAAGUGUCAUGCAUUUUGUGCAACGAUAUAUUUUCUCCGGGAGUCGUCACGCAGCCGGAGAAUGCGCGGCAAAAAAGCUGAACCCUUCGAGGUUACAAGAACAGAUGUUCGCGUUCAUCGUCACGAACCAGGUGGUGAACAACUUUAUGGAGAUCGGGUUGCCUUACGUUCUGCGGGCUAUUGAAUCCUUCCGGAGUGGAAAGAGCUUUCGCAAUGGCAAGAUAAAGAAGAAGCGUGUUGCUUUUGACGACGAGUCUGUCGGACAUGGACAAAACCAGGGCCAAGCUCAGGAGAAGCGUACCAAAGAAGAACGCGAGUUCCUUGAGAUCGUGCGCAGCGAGGUGACACGCCCAGAAUAUAACGUUUUCGAAGACUAUGGAGAGAUGGUGACGCAGUUUGGCUAUAUUGCGUUGUGGUCGACGAUCUGGCCAUUAGCACCUCUCAUGGCGUUGCUCAAUAAUUAUAUAGAGGCACGCUCUGAUGCUUUCAAGAUUGCGACCCACGCGAGGCGGCCGAUUCCCGUCCGCACGGACACGAUUCGGCCCUGGCUCGAGUCGUUGUCGUUCCUGACCUGGCUCUCUGCCCUUACGAACUCGGCACUCGCGUACCUUUUCCGCCCUCCUGAUCACGAGCUCAGCACUCAGAUGGACGUGAAUGGGGACGUUGGCACACAUCUCCACCAUCACCAUCAUGGUCACGGACGCAAUGGGUUGGCCGCGACGAAAGAGUUGCUUGGCCAUGCGCUUCUCGUUGCGCUUCUCGCUUCGCAUGGAUACUUGCUGCUGCGCACCAUAGUAAGACGCAUACUGGAGCUUGCGAUAUGGCGAGGCAGCGAGGAGGCAAAGGAGGCGGAGAGAGUGAACAGAGAGAUGAAGGAGAAGUACCUCAAGCAGUGUACGUCGCUCACCGGAGAGACCAAACCUGUUUCUGUGGAGGCUUCCGCCGGCGUCAGAGAUGAAUGGGAGGGGUUCUGGGCAGUCGAUGAAGGAGUUGAGGAGAUUCAGAAGCUUGUGAAGGACGCAUAA